AUGCCCACACUCACAGCCGCACGGAGAACAACCCUACAACUACCCAUGGCAGCCCAACCCAACUCAACCGACAAACAAUCCCCCUCAUCCAACGCAAACACCGAACAACAACAGCAGCAGCAACCACAGAGUACUCAGUCGAACUCAAACACCAUCCAGUCCAUGGACACCCAAUUCGAACCCCUCGACAUCAUCGGCACCGGAUCAUUUGGGAUCAUCAGGAAGGUCAAGCGCACCUCCGAUGGCCUCAUCCUCGCUCGAAAGGAACUCAACUAUGGAAGGAUGGACGAACGCGACCUCAGGCAACUGGGCGAAGAGGUCAACAUCCUACAAAACCUCAGAGGGAACGAGCACAUCGUCAAGUACUUCGAACGCUAUGUGGACAAACAGAACUUUAUGCUCUACAUCCUCAUGGAGUUCUGCUCACAAGGGGAUCUGGCAGGGGUCAUCAGCCGCUGUAGAAGAGAUCAGGUCCAUCUGAGUGAAGAUACGAUCUGGUCCUAUCUAGCGCAGAUCACCACCGCCCUGGCUGACUGUCACUCCUCCGAAGUCUCUGAGGAGGGCGGGAAAAAGAAGCCGAUCAUCCUCCAUCGUGACAUCAAACCCGAGAACGUCUUCCUCAACCACUUCGGCUUGGUCAAGCUAGGCGACUUUGGUCUCAGCAAAGCCAUGGAAAUGGCCGCCUUCACCAAUACCUACGUCGGCACCCCAUAUUACAUGUCUCCCGAGCUGAUCAAUGGGCAACAGUAUGACGUGAAAUCGGACAUUUGGGCUCUUGGUUGCCUGAUAUACGAAUUAUGCGCCUGGCAUCCUCCUUUUCACCAAGCCCAGACUCAGCCAGAACUAGCCAAAUUGAUUCGGGAAGGCAAGAUCCCUAACCUGCCUAGGGGUUACUCCUCUCAGCUGACUGCGCUCAUCAAAUCCAUGUUACGCCAAGACCCCAAGCUUAGGCCAGACGCUAAAACAAUCUUGAUGGUCGAACAAGUCAAGCAUCAGACCCGUGUUUUGGAAGUCCAUCGAUAUGCCCGUGAAUUGACUAAAAAGCAAACCGAACUAGAGGAUCGCGAGAAAGCGCUAGAAGAACGCGAAAACAAACUCAAGUCACGAGAGAGUAAGCUGCAGAGGGAGAAGGAAUACUUCAAGACUCAACAAGAAAAUCAUCUGGUUCUACAGCAGGAGUUUCAGGCCAAGUUCCAGAACGCGAUGGAGGUGAUCGAACAUGCCAACCGGAUCGAGAGAGCUUUACAGGAUGAGAAUGUGGCUCUAGACUUGCAGGAGACCGAUCACUUGCCAUUGGAUGAUGGAUCGGACUCGGAGAUCCUCAUGGAAACCAAGUCUCGGAGGAUCCCGCUGGCCGAGCGAAGGUUAUCGUUAAACCCACCCGCAUUUACAAGUGGGUCUGCACCCUCUCCAACUCCUACUCUUAACUACGUCCAUGCCAAGCGACUGUCGAUGCAAAAAGCAGACACGACCAUGAUGGAUCCUUCGAAUUUGACUGUUGGCUAUGGUUCUCCCAUGAAACUUGACACACCCUUCAAACACCUUGCACCAGCCCCCAGCGAGCCCAGUCCGCUCGGCUCGGCCCCUCAGAGCGGCGGCCCCUCUGACGCCAAACCGUUCCGUCACGUCAAGUCUAGUAAAUCGUUGGCCAGUCUCAAGUCGACUUACAGUCUUCUGACCCGUCUGAAGUCUAACGAUGACAUGGAAUCAAUCGGUACUUCCGAUGACGGCGGGUCUUCGAUCCGCAAAGGGACUACUGACAAGAAGGGUAGCGCUAGCACGACUCCGGCCAACAGCAACGCGCCUCGUAGCCGGCGACUCUCGCGUCGGAGCGAGUCCGCCAACGGCCUGUUGGUCGGCCCAUCCAGCAACCCAAUCUCCUCGCAACUGAUGACCAACCGACGGCCGACGAGCACGAUUGGGAGUGUGUCGACACCGGGCGGGAGCACGAACAGCACGAACAGCGGGGAGCCGUUAGUAGGCGAGCCGAUCGCCAACAAGGCCGACCAUCUCCAUCCGGCCGCCGCGCCUCCACCGAGCCAUGCCGCGACGCCCACUGCUGCCCAUCGCUCGCCCAGAUAUAACUACUCUGAUCCCGACUCGCUCCCCUCGCCCUUCCUGAAGAAAAAAUCAUCUGCUUCCACUCUCGUCUCCAACUUCCUCAGACCCACUCCCGCCUCCACUGCCCCCGGAUCGCCCCGCAAGCCUGCGGGCCCGGCCCGGACUUGCUCGGUGGACACCGUCGGCCUGGGUAUGAAACGCAUCCCCAGUAUGCUCCAACACAUCCGCACCUCCCACGCCGCCGCCCCUCCUCUUGCCACAAGACCCUCCCAAGUCAACGCCACCAAACGACCAGCUUCCACCGCUACCGCCUCGAAUCCUAAACCGACCCUUGCCUCCAGAUUUCUGAGCCAUAGGGAAGACUCCGCCGCUAAGAAACUGCCCGCCUCUUCCGCUUCCUCCGCUAUCGGCGUCACUAUCCAUCAUCCUUCUUCUGCUUCCUCCCAUCUCGGAUCCAAAAGGAAAGAUAGCCCGAUCUUCUGA